GCUCUCGCAGUACUGGGAGAAGCCGAUCUGCUGCAGCCAUGUCUGGACCUCGGCUUCCUUCCAGCUGGCCACGCUGGGCAGGAUGGGCCGUGGCACCUCCUCGCCCAGCAGUCGCAGCGCGCGCUUCGCCAGCGCCGACGUGGUACCGUUAGUGGAGUAGGAGACGAGGCGUUUCAGGCUCUGGAUAGCACCUAUGUCGCUGAAUACCUGGGGAAGUGCGGAGAGCGUGUCUUGGACCCACCAAUUCACCAGCCGCCCCCAAACGUGCCCGGUCCCUUCCCUCGCCUCUUCUCACCGCUGAAAACCCCACCGUCUGCCCUUGCCCUGCCUUCAUCCAAUAAAUCACCAGGUCCUGUGGAUUCCCCCUCCAGAAGCUCCUUCAACUCUUGACCAGCAUGCGGGAUCUUAGUUCCCUGACCCGAGAUCAAACCCGUGUCCCCUACAUUGGAAGCGUGGAGUCUUAACGAAUGGACCGCCAGGGAAGUUCCUCAAGUCCCAGCUGAAUGUCAUUUCCUCUGGGGCGCCUUCCCAGUUUCUCUUUAACCCCCUCCCCACCCAACCCCACACCCGCACCCACCUUGGUCUUGCCCUGCAGACUCUUGAUGACAGCCUCGGCACAGAGAUAGAAAGCCCCGAUGCACUGCGCCUCCAAGCGCGACGAGUCAAGCAGCGGCACAAGGCGCUGCAGGUCGUCAGGCCCGCGGCCCUGGCUGGUGUCACUGGCGUCCACCAGGCAGCGGGCGAAGCGGCCGGGGUCCAGUGAGGCCACUAGCGGCUCCACGAGGGCCAGCGUGCCCGAGCGCUCCACCUCGCGCUCCACCUCCUUGUUGGUGGCCAGCACCGCCACGGCGAGGCAGGCGUGCAGUCGGAGCAUCUCGUCCUCGGAGAAGGCGAGCGGGAAGAGCCACUCGGCGGCGCGCUUCUCCACCAUGCGCCUCUGCGCCGUCUGGCCCCCGUGCAGCGCGCAGUUGGCCAGCGCCAGCGCGCAGUGGCGGAGCAGCGGUGGGUCGGUGCGGCGGCACCAGUACAGCACCGCGUCCAGGCCGCCGGCCGCCACCAGCCGCUGGCACGUCUCCUCCGAGUGCUUGAACAUGUGCUCCAAAAUGCCGGCCACGCUCCGCGCCAGCUCCACCGGCUCCCGCUCUUUUGCCAGGGCCCAGGUGAGCCCAGAACAUGGCCUGAGGCCAGGACAGCUUUGCUGAGCUGAUCACUGAACUUCUCUGUAGCCCAAAGGAACAGAUGGGUUCUAAUCAUCCACUCGGGCAGACGGCACUGCAAUUGUUCCUUUAACCAAGGAGAAAGCCAAGGCUCAGAGAGGUUACAUGGCAUGCCCAGGUUACACAGCUGGUGAGAGGCAUAGCUGGGAUUUGAACUCACAUCUGUCUGUCUCCAGGGCUCAAGAUCCUUUGUCUGCACUCUGUGCUUCCAGAACAAUCCGACUAUAUAUACUCCAAGAAGAUCAGAACCAGGAAGUGCUUAAGAAGUCAUCUAAUCCAACAACACCCCGCCUGAGGCUCCAUGAAGGGAAGGGCAUGUUCAGGAACAUCAAUUCAGAAAGAGGACUUUAUUCACAUUUCUUUUUUUUUUUUUUUUUGGCCGCGAGGCUUGCAGGAUCUCAGUUCCCCGACCAGGGAUCAAACCCAGGCCAUGGCAGUGAAAGCCCGGAAUCCUAACCACUAGGCCACCAGGGAACUGUGCAAUUGUGCAUUUCUUGAACCCCAGCCCUCACCUUUCCCUAUGCACUUGGCACCUUUAUAGAGUUGAACUCUGUGCUAGUUGUGACAUUUAUUCACUCAAUUCUACAGUCUGAGAGGCUGUGGGUCUGGGAUCAAAUCACAGCUCCGAAAGAGGGGUAGAUUGUCCAUAUAUAAGCCUGUAUAUGUAAUAUACACAUAUAUGCAAGUGCUUGUAUAUGCAGAGACUCUCUCUGGAAAGACGUACAAGAAACUUGUUUCACCGGUUUGCCUCCAGUGAACAGAAAGAAGAACGUUUAACCUCCUCUCGGAGCAGUGCAGAGGUGUGGGGAGAUUAUGCCUUUCUCUGGAAGGAUUUUGAUCGGGACCUGGCUCGCUGGGUUCUGUCCUUGGUCCUGAAGUGAUGCCAACACCAGCACGUUGUUUCUUGGGACCAGAGACAUGGGUUAGUGCGCCUCCUUUCUCAGUAAUUCUGAACCAGGCACAGCAUGAGAUCAUGUCUGUCCUGUUACAUGAAGCAAAAUGAAAAAGGAGGAAGCAGGAAGUGGACUGCUGGGGGUGGCAUGAAGGCAGCAGGUAACCUUAGGUAAGCACUCAUUUCAGCCUGGGGGAAGAGGAAAGGGGUCCCCCCUCCUAUUUUCUGAGCAAUGUUCUCUUUCUCUUUUAGUGGGAGUGAGACGGUAUGGCAGAGAGAAGGUAGCACGGAAGGAUAUCCAGGCCCAUCGGGAGGAGGGCUGUGGGUUUAGAGGGCUUGGGCAAUGGGAUCCCAGCUCCAUCCUCAGAACCAGGGACAGAUUCCUGUCCUGCUACUCCAUUCCUCCCCUCUCUCAUUUCUCACCCCACCAGCUCUGGGAGUGAAUCCUGGCUGCACCAUUAGUUCACUGUGUGACGCUGGGCAAGUCACUAAACUUUCCCAGGGCUCAGUUUCCUCAUCUGUAAAAUGGACACUCUGGUCCCCAACAGGGAUAUAAUGCAGGGGUUUGUGAGGUGAGGCAGGAAAGGCACCGUGCGAGGCACACGGGAGACCGAGGCACUCGACCGCCCUUGCGACCCUACACCACGCGGCGCUCUCCGCCCCAGCCCGGCCCCCUCACCGGUUCUCUGCCACCAGGAUCUGCUCCAGCAGGCGGGCAGCCUGCACGCGCGUCUCCAGCUCCGGCGCCUGGAGCAGGCGCAGCAGCAGGUCCAGACCACCGUCCAGGCGGAUGGCGUCGCACAGACCCUGGGCUACCUCGCGGCCCAUGGCUGGUAGCAGCCAGGCCUCCUCCACCAGCUGGAAGACCUCGGCUAGGCUGGCUCCCACGGCCCGCACGCCGCCCGCCUGCUUCAGAGCCGACAGCGCCUGCUGCAGCUCGGGCAGCGCGCGCUCCAGGGCGCCCUGCACCUCGGUGCUCGCCCCUGGCGACACCUCGCGGGGCCCGCGGCUGCCCGCCGCCCACCACGGCCCAGCGCAGCCGCUCCCGUCCGGCCCCGGCACCGCUAGCCGCUCGGCGCCCGACCGUGGGCCCGACAUGGCGAAGAAGCGGCACAGCUUGUAGGCGGAGAGAAGCAGCGUCAGGACCAUGGGCACGGGGUUUCAGGGGACAUCCCUGGAGAGGCGGGGCCGGGCGGAGCGACCCAGACCUUGGGAAAAGGAGGAACCAAGAGGGGACCAGGGGGAAGAUGAUGCAAGAGGGAGGGUGGAGAGAAGGGUAACAGGCAAGGGCACCGACCAGAAGUUUGGGGGAGGGGUGAGGGCAGGAUAUAGGACGAAGAAGUUGGGGAAGGGGAUGCAGGCCCAGAUGCAGGGGACAGGCGGGAGGAGAGAGCGGGAAGGCGAGGAACGGACCCAGGGGCCAGAGGGUCUAGAAAGCAGCAACCAGAACAAAGAGCGGUUCCAGUCUCGCCUAGGUUCGCAGGGAUGCUCUGCAGGAGCCCCGCCCCUGAGAAGCUGUGGUCGGGGAGCCGACGCCCCGCCUGUCGGUCUCGCGGGGCUCCUCCCUUGCCGCCUGCGUAGCCCCACUCCCAAGUCUUCUCCAGCUACGCCCACACGCUGGCUGGGCCUCUCCCCCUAGUCACGUUCCCUGCCUCCUAUACUGGUGGCAGGGGAAGGAGGUGGGAGGCGGAAGGACUGCUUCGGUUUUACGUUGGAGACACUGGGAUGACACUGGAAUGUGAGGGCAACACGGUUGAGUGUGCCUUUGCCCUACUAGUGGUUAAUGCAAUCAUAAUAGCAACGCUUGAGACGCUUUAUGCCUGUUUCUCAAGUAAGUCUUACAUCGUGCCUACGAGGUAGCAAUUACUGCUCCCAUUUAACAGCUGAACCGACUGAGGUCCAUGGAGAAGCUUCUCCAAAGUCACACUCCCCUCUGAUUAUAGAACAGAAAAAAAGCAUCGGAAUCUCUGAGGAUCACUCCCUCCAGGUGGUGGGAGGACUUCCAGAGGCAUCAGAGCAGAGACCGCAGAGAACCUACUUCACCAGGCUCGAGGCUGGAGGCCCCGCCAUGGCAUCCCCAAGGCCCCUUCUGAUGCUGGCCCUGCUGGCGUGGGUGGUUCUGGCUGACCAAGAGUCGUGCAAGGGCCGCUGCACUGAGGGCUUCAACUCCGACAGGAAGUGUCAGUGUGACGAGCUCUGCUCUUACUACCAGAGCUGCUGCUCCGACUACGUGGUCGAGUGCAAGCCCCAAGUGACUCGUGGGGAUGUAUUCACUCUGCCAGAAGACGAGUACAGCUUCCACGACUACCGCGAGGAGACCAGAUCUAAUACCAGCGUCCAGGCACAGCCAGAGAGCCCCACCCAGACCUUUGUCCGGCAGGCCGGGCCUGAAGAGACUACUGAGCAGACACCUGUUCUGAACCCUGAGGAAGAAGCCCCAGGACCUGGGCGGGAGAACUCAGAGCCUGAAGUGGGGACCGUCAUGCCCGAGACUGAUAAUCUAGGGAUCUCCGAGUCCCCAGCAGAGGAAGAGCAGUGCAGUGGGAAGCCCUUCGACGCCUUCACCAACCUCAAGAAUGGUUCCCUCUUUGCCUUCCGAGGGCUCUACUGCUAUGAGCUGGAUGAAAAGGCAGUGAGGCCUGGGUACCCCAAGCUCAUCCGCGAUGUCUGGGGCAUCGAGGGUCCCAUUGAUGCUGCCUUCACCCGCAUCAACUGUCAGGGGAAGACCUACCUCUUCAAGGGUAGUCAGUACUGGCGCUUUGAGGAUGGUGUCCUGGACCCCGAUUUCCCCCGCAACAUCUCUGAAGGCUUCAGGGGCAUUCCGGACAACGUGGACGCAGCCUUGGCCCUCCCCGCUCAUAGCUACAGUGGCCGGGAGCGCGUCUACUUCUUCAAGGGGAGACAGUACUGGGAGUACGAGUUCCAGCAGCAGCCCAGCCAAGAGGAGUGCGAAGGCAGCUCCCAGUCGGCCGUGUUCGAACACUUUGCUCUGCUGCAGCGGGACAGCUGGGAGGACAUCUUCAGACUUCUCUUCUGGGGCAGUUCCUCUGGUGGUGCUGGAAAGCCCAGGUUCAUCAGCCGGGACUGGCAUGGUUUGCCUGGACAAGUGGACGCGGCCAUGGCUGGCCACAUCUACAUCUCAGGCUCAGCUCCCCGCUCCUCUCGGACCAAGAUGACCAAGUCUGCGCGUCGCAAUCGUAAACGCUACCGCUCGCGCCAUGGCCGUCGCCGUGGCCGCAGACGCAGCCAGAACUCCUACCGGCAAUCUCAUUCCACCUGGCUGUCCUGGUUCUCCAGUGAGGAGUUGGGCCUGGGAGACUAUAACUAUAAUAACUACGAGAUGGACUGGCUUUUGCCUGCCAACUGUGAGCCCACCCAGAGCGUCUACUUCUUCUCAGGAGACAAGUACUACCGAGUGAACCUUCGCACACGGCGAGUGGAUGCUGUGAUCCCUCCCUACCCACGCUCCAUCGCCCAGUACUGGCUGGGCUGCUCAGUCCCUGCCCAGGAGUAGGAGUCCGAGUCCAAACAGCUGGGCCUCUGCUGCUCCCUCCUCCAACAUCCUCCUCCCAGCUCAAUAAAGAUCCCUUGG